AUGGCUGCCACUAAUGAGGUGCCACUUUUUAUGAAGUCUUUCAUCUCACAGAACUCGUCUGAAUCAUUGGAGAUUCCAUUCUUCUUCAACGAAUACUUGGCAGAUCCAUUGCCAAAUAACGUGGAACUCCUAGGGCAGGGAAAGAGAUCUUGGACGAUUAGGUUGGAGAAAAGAGGAGAGACUAUGUUUCUAACACUUGGCUGGGAAACUUUUGUAAGGGAAAACAAUCUCGAAGACGGCAAGAGGUUGACCUUCUGUUAUGACGGCGACCGAUCCUUCAUGGUUGUCGUAUAUGGUCAUGGCGGGUGUAAUGAAUUUAGAGACCUCCCUCAAGUUGCAAUAGAUGUUGAUGACUAUGCAACAUGUGAAGAAGAAGAAGAAGAAAAAGAAGAAGAUUAG